CAAACGUCGAUAGGCGAGGCCGAGUUAUUUGCACCCACAACGUCAAGAUGCCAGUUUUUACUAAAUUAGAAUUAAAAAACUUUAAAACGUAUCGAGAUUUGACUACCAUUGAGUGGGAGGAUUUUACCGCGAUAGUUGGACCCAAUGGAGCAGGAAAAUCUUCGAUGGUGGAUGCCAUAGAAUUCGUGUUCUGCUUUCCGUGUUAUGAAAAAAAAUCGGUGGAAGUUUUGAAAAAAAUUUUAUGCAACCGACAAUUGCAGGACGAUCGAGACAUUAACACUUGGGUACAGGUCAAUUUGGAAUUCAAUGACUCGCGACAAACUUUUAAGAGGGAAAUAGAUUAUCAAGAAUCAACUAUAAGUUAUUACAUUGACGAAGAAGAAGUCGUUAUUGAAGAUUAUAAAGAAAAAUUAAUCGAAAAUGGAAUUAACGCUAAAGCCAAUAAUUUUUUGGUUCGACAAAAUCAAAUUGAAACUAUUGCAUUGCAAAAUCCGAAAGAAAGAUGUUCAUUAUUUGAACAUAUGAGCCAAUCCAUUAAAUUAAAAACCGAAUACGCGAGACUGAAAAAACAAUUCGAAGAAUUACAAAGGUCUGCAGAUGUUAAAAAAAAAGAUCUAAAAUUUCAUGUAGAAAAAUUGAAGCAAUUUAUACGAAAUGAAAAAAAGGCAAAUGAAUUUGAGAAAUUACAAGAAGAAAUAAGCAACCUUGAAUAUGAUCUCUAUUAUGCCAAAUUUUUACGAAUCGAUCGAUCGAUCGACGAAGUUAAGGUUGAUAAUGAAAAAAACGAAAAAGAUAUAUUCUAA